AUGUGUCUGAGUGUGGAUCCUCUGAAGGUUUUUCCUGCCUGCCUGGGAGCAGAGAUGCUGCCUCUGGCUGGUGUUUCAGUGUCUGAGCCGCUGUGCGACCUUCGCCUGCAGUGUGUCAGCCAUGCCCCGCAGCCCGCGCCUGAAUAUGGAUGCCGGGCUCUCUCAAAACGCCUGGCGUUCCUCCUGCUUUCCCACUUCCUCUCUCCGACUUCGCUUUUUUUCACCUUCCACAUCACCUUCAAUCACUUCUUCUGGCAUGAUAACCAACCAACCCAACCACCCACCGACCGACCAACCGACCCAACCACCCACCCACCGACCGACCAACCGACCCAACCACCCACCCACCGACCGACCGACCACCCGACCAACCAACCCAACCACCCACCAACCCAACCACCCACCCACCGACCCAACCACCCACCCACCGACCGACCAACCACCCGACCAACCAACCCAACCACCCACCGACCCAACCACCCACCCACCGACCGACCGACCACCCGACCAACCAACCCAACCACCCACCAACCCAACCACCCACCGACCGGCCGACCGACCGACCAACCGACCGACCACCCGACCAACCAACCCAACCACCCACCAACCCAACCACCCACCGACCCACCAACCGACCCAACCACCCACCCACCGACCAACCGACCCAACCACCCACCGACCGACCAACCGACCCAACCACCCACCGACCGACCAACCGACCCAACCACCCACCCACUGACCCAACCACCCACCCACCGACCGACCAACCACCCGACCAACCAACCCAACCACCCACCCACCGACCCAACCACCCACCCACCGACCGACCGACCACCCGACCAACCAACCCAACCACCCACCAACCCAACCACCCACCGACCCACCAACCGACCCAACCACCCACCCACCGACCACCGACCCAACCACCACCGACCGACCAACCGACCCAACCACCCACCGACCGACCAACCGACCCAACCACCCACCCACUGA